UGCGUCAUGUCGCCAUUACACGGACGGGACAAUUCAUAUUAGGACAUACCGGAAUUACAGUUUCAUCAAGCAAAUAACCCAGCGUGUUGUCACAAUCACUAAUUGUCUGUCUCCGAACAAUGGCGUUUGACAACAGGUAAAAUCCAAUCACAGGUAAACAGAAAGUGUAGGCACAGGGAAGUGAGUUAGAAGGCGUGGUGAUCAAAAGUUGAAAAGUCAUCGAUUUGAAUAUCGUGUUUACGUGUACACGUUCAUUAAGUUUAUAGAUUUAAAAAGUGAAGAAUAUGUCGAAAAAGGAAAGGAGGAGGGUGUUGGCAGAAAUUUGGGGAACCCCCACCGCCCGUGACGUUGACUUCUUUGACGAAGGAAACGAGAUCGUUGUGACAUCGUCACAUCGGGAAAUCGCAGCCUGGUGGAUUGACAUCUUCCAAGUUGUCUAUCCAGACGUCACAUGUUCCGAAAAGAGAGAUAUCAUCAAACUAAAACCCGUAUACGGGGUCAGCUUGAAGUUGAACAAGGCAAAUGGUAUUUUGAGAGUCACCGGCAAGAACCACUGGAAUUGGUUUAUAGAGAACUUCAACAGUCUUCUUGAACAUGGGAAUGAUAACGUGGAAGCGUUGACCGAGGCAUCGGAGAGUUCCGUCACUCGAUUCCUUCAGCUUGAUAAAGACGAUGAAGAGGUGCAAGAUUUGCUGGACAUGAUUCCUGAGGGUGGAGGAAUUAUGGGUCAUGACUUCAUCAUGCGCGUGUGGAAAAGCCUCGUCGACGACUGGUGUGGUGUGGGAGCCUGUGUUUAUGUGGUUACACCAAGGAUAGACUCCGAACGCCUUCUACAAAUUAUGUUAUUGAUGAUACGCAACAAGGGAACUGGCCUCAAGGUCACCCUUGUGACCCCAACAAAGUCAGAUGGGGAGAAGUUCUCAAAUGUGAUGGAUAAAACCAAACGGAGAAUGAAAGAAGUGAAGACAGGUCGGGGUACACGGUUGCUCUCUGAUGUCAAAAUGGAAUGGGUUGUGAACAGUCUUGAAGUGCGACAUGAAGACUUUUCCACCAACUUUAUUGCAGCAUUUAAGGACAGUGAGGCUGAGGUCUUAACUACCACCGCACAUUUCCAUAAAAGUCAUUUCCACUUCAACCAGAAAGACAAUGUCUGCUACAACCGACUCCCGACAUCAGACCUCAAACGCAAUUACCUAUUCCCGCUUGGAAUUGGGAAUAACAUAUUUUGAAGUGAUGUUGACAAAGCAGUGAGUUUGUGUUGGCACGAGAAUGUGAGAUUGUCUCCGUGGGGAACUUCCACUGCAAAGUGCCAUAUGGAUCUUUUCUUUGAAUUCAGCCAAUGAAGAUCGAACAAUAGCUCAUUGCCAUGACGUAGUGUCAUUUAUACAAUGGCAAGAGUAUUGUACUGCUUGUGACAGUUUUCAACUGAACCAAAGUUUGAAUAAGAUAGAAAUGUGUGUAAAAGUUAUGAUUCCAGAGACAAUUCUAGAGACAAUUUUGUGCAGUUGCAACACCGUGUUUCCUGCUUGCUCACGAUGCUGUAGUUGUCUGGAUCCUUGAUACAAGUUGUAUACUACUCAAAAGAAGUGAAGGACAACUUAUUUGUACAUAUGAUGACUUCAGUUAAUCUGUGAGGGCUGGUGACGGCCUUCCAAGUGUUUGAUUUCAUUGACUUGUUUUGUGUGGUAUAUGUCACCACUCAGCUUUUGGUAGGGUUAUUCUGAGUGACUACAUUUUCUCAUGGCAACUAAACAUGUCUGAUGAGAGAUGUCAUACAAAUUGUAUUCAAUAUUGCCACAGAAGUGGCAGAUUUUCUGCUUCAUUUUACACUUACAUAAAUGAAAGCACACAUCGGCAGUGUUCAAAAUAACCACUGGCCCGCUAGCCCGUGGCUAGUAAAAAUCCAGUCGGGCCAGUAUAUCUCCACAGUCACUGGCCUGACUGGCUAGAGACUUUUCAUGGGGUCAUUUUGUAAAUA